CGAAGGAGAAACUGAAGCGAGCAGCAGAGGAAAAAAAAAUGGAGGGAGGCGGAAGCGGCGGCGGCGUUAGGCUUCACGUCGGAGGACUGGGAGAAAGCGUCGGGAAAGACGAUCUUCUCAAGAUCUUCUCUCCCAUGGGUUCAGUUGAUUCUGUCGAAUUCGUCAGGACCAAAGGACGCUCCUUCGCUUACAUCGACUUCUCUCCCUCCUCCGACAAGUCCCUCACCAAGCUCUUCUCCACGUAUAACGGAUGUAUCUGGAAAGGAGGGAAGCUGCGACUGGAGAAAGCCAAAGAGCAUUAUCUAGCUCGCUUGAGGCGGGGAUGGGAAGAGUCAGCUUCCACACCUGAUGACACCAUUAAAGCUCCCGAAAAGUUCACCCCUUCAACUCAGAUUAACAUCUUCAUCCCUAGACUCAGAAAGGUGAAAUCUCUGCCACUUAGUGGAACUGGCAAACAUAAGUAUAGCUUCCAGCGUGUUUCAGUGCCGUCUUCUCUUCCCAAGACCUUUUGCGAUUGUGAAGAGCACUCUGCGUCUCUCACUCCUCGGGAAACCCAUGUGCGUGAUCUGGAAGCACUUAAUGUGGGAAUAAACGAAGAAGAAGUGAAUAUUAUGAACUCGGUGAUGUCUAAGCUCUUUGAGAACAAUGACAACGAUAACAAUGAUAACAACGAUAACCUCAUCCUCAAUGAUAACAACGAUAACCUCAUCAUCAAUGUGGUAUCUAAUGGGAACGAUAUGAUGGACUCGGAGCUGGAUAUCUUGUCAAGAAAGCGGAAAUCAACUCUCAAUGAAGCAAGUGGAGCAGGAUAUAUUGAGGGACGAAAGGGAAACAACGUUCAUCCAAAGAAAAAAAGGCAAUCAAUCAUCCUGGAGAAAAAUGGGAGACAGGAAUCUUCACAGACCAUAAGUGAAAAGAAGAAACCUUCUGAAGUCGAUCCGAAUAAGUCAACGGAUGAACCUAGCAGGAAAAUAGGUGUCAAGCGGUCGACUGACAAUAUUUCUUGGUCCCAAAAGUCUUCCUGGAAAGCACUUGUGGCCAAUGGGAACAGCAAUCAUUUUACCGUAUCCAGUUUCUUGCCAGGUGUUGGCUCCAAUAAAGCAGUACAAUCUGCAUCCGGCAACACUGAUCUUGCCGGGUUGCCUAGCCAAGAGAAUUCAGAGGAGUUCGAUGUGCCCAACUCUACUGAAAGGCCGACUGUGACUAAGAUCAAGAAGACGAAACGUAAGCGCAUAACUUCUACAAUCAUUGCAGAGAAUGUAGCUGCUGAGGAUGACAUAGAGAAGAAUGAUAUUGUUACUGACAUAAGUGUGGAAGCGGAACCCCUGGAAGCAAGCACUGAGAACGAUUGUGAGAAUGACAAUUUGAAUGUGGAAACGGAUGAGAAUGUAGCAGAGGAUUUGAAUGCAGAAAAGGAAAGCUUAGACUUGAAGGAUAAUGUGGAUCAUGAUGUGGACAAAGACGAGGCAGGGAAAGCAUCCUUGGAAGCUCGUAGCAAGUCAACAGGAGGUUCUUCAUGGCUUCAAAGGGCAUCAUGGACUCAGCUGGUUAGCGACAGGAGUGCUUCAUUCAGUAUAACUCAACUCUUCCCGGAUUUAGCUUCUGACAAGAACGAAGCAGCUAGAGUGAACAACAAUGGAGAUGGCCAGUUCUCCAACUUUAACCAGAGUGAAAGUGGAAUGAAACAAAGGGAUAACUCGUGUAGCACCGCUAGUUUUGAAGCUGCAGGAGUCCAGGUGGAUAGUACCCCUGUGAGAAGUUUAGAAGAGAAUCGGCAGAGUCUGAAGGGUAAGAAUGUCAGAGAGGGAUGUAAAUUGGCUGCGAAGAUGCCGAUUAGGAGAAAGAUUGGCUCAGGAGAGACUUGCACUUUUAUGAGAAGCGCAACUUCGUUGAAAGAGUGGGCAAAGGCUAAGAAGGCAUUGAGCGAGCCCAGAAGAAAGAAGAAAAGUGAAGAAUGAGUUAAGAUUGUAACAGAAUAGUCUCUUCAAAUCAUUUAUUUGUUCCUCU